AGAAGGACAAUGAAGUCAAUCUGGAACCACUCUUCCCUUGUUACUGUGUCAGUGGUAUGGCUCGCUUACUUCCAUAACGGAGAAGCGAUUGAAGCCAGUGUGUCACCAUGUCAAGAUGGAGUGCUGAAGUUGGGUCGAGCAUGCUACAUUCUCGAGACUGUUCCCAGAACAUGGAAAGGCGCACGUGCUUCCUGCCAACGAAAGAGCAUGGACUUGCUCCGCGUGGAUACCGUGGAAGAACACAUGGCUGUAACCAAGUAUUUAAAAGGAAGGAAAGAACUCCACCGUAUUUGGACUGAUGUCAAGAAGAUGUUGGGAACAUUUCGCCACACGGUUGGAAGCCCAAAGUUGUCGGUGACAUUCUGGAAUCCUUCUGAACCUAGCAACACAGGGGGCAUGGAGGACUGUGUAGAGUACAGGCGUUUAGGGUGGAAUGACCGGUUUUGUAAUUCGAAAAAUCGUUAUUUAUGUGAAAUGAAAGAAUGUUUACCGAAGUGUACCAAAAAAGAAACAACGAAUCAGGCAACCGCUCCGUACACGACUGUGGGGUCUCCACUCUACAUCACCACCACCAACAAAGCAGCACCAUCGACGACACAGGAGGUGUACAAGAAUACUCUGCCCAUGACAGACAACAGCAGCGUUGAACACGGAGGAAGCGGUAUAGGAGGCGUCGACGAAGAAAAAGUGAUGAAGAUGAUGAUGAUGACUUCGACAGAUACCACCGUUGACAUUCACCAGAAAAUGAGCGAACGUCUCGAUCGUAAUGACUCGUACUCCCAGUCCCAAUGCAAUUUAACAAAACCAAGGGCGGUAACUGUGACAGCACUUGUCGUCGUCGCUGUAGUAUGGAGACACGUUUACAAGUAACGCCAGUGAGAAACCGAGACAUGACGUCAUAUUAUACAGAUCCAACAAAGGCAUAUAAAUUAAACUUGUAAGAUUAUCAAGGAAUAAAUGCAUACCUCGAACACAUUUAUUAUAUAUAGAUUACUAUAUACGGCAACAAAUUGUAUUCUGUUAGAUACAGUAGUAAAUAGUUUCUUGCCAUAUACAGUA